AUGCAAAAUACCCUGGAACUUCCGGAAGACCAGAGGCGGCAGCACGCAGAGCGCAUUCUGGGAGCGGAGGGCGGCGAAAUGGUGGGCGGUCGGCGCGGCGAGCGCGUCCUGCUGGACACAGGAGUGAAGCUUGGGAUGUCCGCGCCGCCGCUCAGCUCGGGGCCGAGCAUGGCGGUGGUGAACAUGUCGAUCUACCGCUGGGAGAGCGUCGCGCCGCCGCCCGUCGUCGACUGGCGGAAGACCGUCGCCAUCACGCCCAUCCAGACGCAGUUCGUGGUGGGUACUCCGCUCGCCCCUCGCUCGCCUGGUUACUGCUCAAGCUGCUGGGCGAUCGCAGCCGUCGAUUCCAUCGCCAUAAUGUGGGCGAUCGCCAACAACGGCGUGGGGACGAAUCUGUCGCCGCAGCAGGUGUGCGACUGCGCGACGAAGCAGUGCUGCCAGGGCGGGUGGCCCGAGUGGGCCUUCUCCUACGUGCUCUUCAACGGCGGCGUCACGUCCAACGCCAACUACCCCUACCUCGCCUACGAUUCCCCCACGUGUCUGCUCGACACAUCCAUGCCGUCCGUGGCGCAGAUCACGGGGUGGGAGCUGGUGCCGGCAUUCAACGCCAUGGCGCUCAUGAAGGCCGUCAGCAUGCAGCCCGUCGUCGCCUUCAUCAGCGCCUCCGCCGCCGACUUCACCGCUUACUCAAGCAAUGGCGUGCUGAACAUUUACAACGGGCUGUGCACGACGGACGUGAACCACGCGGUGGUGGUGGUGGGCUUUAACUACACGGGGCCAGACCUCAAAGGCAGCUACUGGAUCAUCAAGAACUCGUGGUACGCCACGUGGGGCGACCGCGGCUACAUGUACCUCGCCAUGACGCCCGACGUGCGCGGGAAAUGCGGCAUCCUAUCAACCCCCGCCAUGUACCCCGUCUACUUCCCAUCCGGGCAGCAGCCGGCGCGCUUUGCGUCUGACAAGCGCGGCAAGUGGAAAAUCAACAAAGUGGACGACCUCUCGUCGUCACUCUACUCCUCCACCCUCUCCCUUUCAACCACCAGCAUCAGCACCACCACCACCACAACUACUUCGUUGACUGACUUCUCUUCAUCAACAGACUUCGCCAUCGCAGCUAUCACCGAUCCGACGAUCUCCGAUUCUUCCUCGCUACUCAUUGGUUCCACCACUGAUUCGUCUGCGACCAAGACGACCACGCUGAGUACGACGUGCGUCGGGAUGAUCAACCCGUGCGGCGGGGGCAGUUGUUACAUCAGCGGCGGGAUUCCGCGGUGCAACUGCAGCGAGAUGGCGAAUAUGGUCGAGACCACCAUCAACUGCACGGAGUGGUACCGGGUGAUGCAGGGCGACACAUGCCCCUCCAUCUGGAAUGCAGCCAACCUCACCAUGUCCAUGUUCCAAGCCAUCAACCCCGGCGUUCAGUGCCAGGCGCCCUACCUGGUGGUGGGCCAGCAAGUCUGCAUUGACUCACCCAUCCUCACCACCAUGCAGCGAAACCCAAACGCCAACUACUCCAUCUACACCGUCCGUGCGAAUGACACCCUCUCCACCAUCUCCUCCCUCUACCUCCCCCGCUGCACAAAGCUCUCCGUGACCCCCGCUGCCAUCGCUGCACAAAACUACCUCACCAACCUCUCUGCACCGCUCCCCAUCGGCAUGAACCUCAUCAUCCCCUGUAUGGGCGGCAUCGGGCUGCCUGUGGGGGCCGCCGCCUCUGCCUCGUUGCUGCUUGCAUGGCUGUUGGCAUAUGCGUGCAUGGGGUGUUAG